ACCCGCAUUUGUCAAAACUCGAACAAAAAUAUAUAUACAAGAAGAAGACAAAAAGUUUAAAAAUAUAAAGUCUCGAAAGAACUUUGUAACGUCGGCAUUUUGAACGAAAGUUGAAAGACUUCGAUGGAAUGACAGCGAGAGAUACACACACGAUAUGGAGACGUUCUAAAAUGCAGUAAAAGAUUGUAAACAGUAAAAAAAACGACUCCUUUUGUUCGAGAGCUAUCUUGCGCUAAGUAAAAAUGCUUCACCCGUUGAUGGCUCUGGCCUUCUUCGUCGUGAUAAAACAUUCAAAGACCCUACCAGCAGGCGAGAAACCUGUUAAAAUAAAAAUGUCUGGCAAACCAACGCAUUUUGAAGUAGGCGAUACGGCGAAAAAACUUCAAAUCGAUGCAAAAGUUACGGAAGUGAAAAUGAAUAACAAACCAGCUUCGCUGCAGGUGUUGUCCAAGCGUGGUACGCCAUCAUUGGCGAUACCUUAUCCACCAAUGUAUGCAACACCUGAACUGUACCAUAUGGCACCAUAUGGUACAACACCAACCCACUUUCACGAUUCUUACCAUUUCACAUCACCUCCUCUAUUGAAAGCAACUGAUUCAAGCCAUGAACAUAAAUCUCGAAAACGUCUUCAUCAUGACUUUGACACAUCGGACAACGCUGGAAAUUUAAAUUCAAAAAAAAAGGAAAUACCAAAAAGACGUACAUUUACAAAAUUCAACAUGCCCGACAAACCAACAAACAUGAAAACAACACCGCACAUUCAGCACCUUCGAAAGCGUCAAUGGAUACAAUCAGCACCAACUUUUGUUCAAGUUGCACCAUACAAUGUUCUGCCGAUACAAAUUAAUCCUUCUGUAGAGCGGUAUGCUGAAGCACGAGCGGCAGCAAUGCGAAAUACAAUUCCGGGACCCUUUACGAUGAUAUCUCCACAAUUACUUUCUCCACAGUUGUUUUCUCCAUGGAAUGAGCGAUAUUUACUCACCAAUCCUACCCUUAGUUAUACAAAUGGUGCACAAAGAAGCUCUAUUGGCAAAGCAAUAUUCACACCAGGCUUAUCAACGUAUGGAAACCUGCAAAGGGUUCCACCUUUGGUGAUGCCAACGACACCGGUAUCUGUAUCAAGUCCAUUAAUGUUCCAAAAUUCUUUAUUGGACUUUGGUGCUUACUACAAACCGAUAUUAGCCCAAAAUUUUAUCCCAGACUACAGAUAUCAAAGUUACCCAAAAGUCCAAGCUCCAAUCUCUCGGACAAUAAUACCCACUGGGAUAACCCGUGGGCUAAUUUAUCCCAGUUACACAUCUAUGGCACAGCUUCCUAUUUUGAGCAAGAGACUGAAAAUUCCUCAUGGAAAACAUGACAAGACGGAAAGCUCCCAAUCACAAAAAAGGUCUUUGCAAACGCCGACGAAGAGGCUCAAGCGAACCACACAAAAAUUUCAUGUUAAGAACAUGGAAAUAUUUGGCAAAAAUAAGUGGGAGUCGGAUGAGAAAUCCAAGACGGAGAGAGAAUCGAUACCACACCCCCCUGUUCCAAAUGCACAUAAAGAUACCAAAAGACAAUUCAUCUUAACACAACCCAUGAUCGAACCUAGACAGCAGCCUAUCGUAGCAUACGUUCCAAUUCUCCCAAGUACCCAGACAGACACUUCUCCAUUGACAGUCCCCCAAAAUCUUGUUCUAACCAUGCCGGAGAUGGCGCAGAAAAGAUACCUGAUGUAUGUCCCCAAAAGUCCCCAAAUGUACAUUCCUCGCGAGGAGAAUUACGGAGAAUUGUCUCGUUUUAAGCAAUAUGGCGCCCAGCCGGACCUUUUGGCAGGUAUUUUUGGCAUGGCAAAUACAAGAUCUGGAAUAAUACCAAGACGCACAGUAGAAAACGAAGGAAGAGUGAUAACAUUAGGUGAUUUAUCAGGGAUAAUGGGUACACCAAUAGUACGCGGAGGACCUCCAUUCACCAUGUCAUACAAUCACGAACUACCAUCGAUGAUUGAAGAUGAAUUAUUCCAGGAUAGGUAUAUGCAUCCUUCGCCAAUUACACCCGAUGUAAGAAGCUACAUACGUGAAAAUGACCUAGAUACACGAUUUGCAGAUGACUAUGGCGACUAUCGACGCAACGUUCUAGAUAUGCCAGAGUCCUAUGUAAGCCCCGUAAGAUUUACACGUAUACAAGAUAAAGGUUCCUACACGGAGAGGCUGCUGCCCGACGAUCGAAUAAUUUUCCGUAAAAAUAAAGUGGCUUCUGGACCAAUCACUGUCGAAGCAAAAACCGCUGAGAUUCCAGCAGCAGCGACAAGUGACAAUACCGCUUUUGACAUGAACUUGGAUUCCGAUAAACGGAAACAAAUAGCCCGACCAGAGAACGUGCGUAUCUUGGAUAGACGCAUAAAAGUUCCAAGGCCUUGAACCAUGGAAAAGACAGGCAUCUGUUAUCUAUCAAUCUGUCACAGACAGUUACCUUUCUAAGGCAGUGCUAAACACCAUGCCAAACUUGCUGAACGACUUUAGCAAAAAUACAAACGCUUGAAUACAAUACUAAAUCAUCGUUUAUUAUAAUCAUUAUUGAUAAAAACACAAAGCAAUUGUCACUUCAUAAACAGUAAAUACUUUUCGUCUAGACGCUUCAUAAAAGUGUGCAUGUCAUCGUCAGAAGAAUAUGAAUAUAAUUAUGCCUACACAUACUGAAUGAAUAAGAGUAUGAAAAUAACUUAUUUUUUAUGGAAUAUGGAUUGCUUUCUGUUUUAUUAAUAUAGCAAUUGGCAGAUGUAAUCAUUGUAAUUAAACAAUAGUAACACUAAUAACUAAUUAAUAUGUAAUUGAUGAUAGUAAAUACUUAAAUGCGUAUAUUUUUCUAGAGGAGGCAAAAGAGAUGUAGAUAUGAAGCGAUCGACUGCAAUGUGUUUGUGGUACACGUAAUUACAUCUACAUGUAACAUGA